GUUCUGUCCAAAAGCUUUUCUUUUAUGUCUAAAAAUAUGUGUGCCAAAUUUGCUUCCAAUCUAUUCAUCCGUUUAGCCGGACAUGAGACUACAGACGGACCGACAUCAUCGAGAUUUCGUUUGAUUCGGAUUGCGGGUGUUUCAAAACGUGUAUUUCCGUGAAAAAAGUAGGGGGGGGAGUUAUUUUUUACCUCAAGGCAAUACCUACCUCAUUUACUCACGCGCUGAUCACCAUAUUACAAACUACCGCUGGAAUGUAUGAUGCGUUUGUUUGCCAUAUACCUAUCUACGUCAACGCAACGUGCCGCAACUGUCGGAUUUCGUGUAAUGUUGGCUUUAGUUUCUUAUUGCCGAUGAUUAAUCUUUUAUGGCGGUUUGAUGUCUAUCGUGAUUUCUAGAAAAUUCGCUACAGUAUUUUCUUCAGCUUGUUUUUCCUCCUCCUGUUCAUUUAGACAGUAACAAUUUCAUAAAUGUUAAACAUUUAUGAAAGUGUUACUGUGAAAACAAGAAUUAUAUGGUUCUAAAAACUGCUUAAAAGCGUUCAUAACUUUUUUAUGUGAAAGUUGUUCGUGUUCUCUGCGAGUCACGCCGAUACAUUAUCUACUGUACAUGAUAAAAGCAAUAUGGUCGCAAUUAUUCGAGAAUAAUUUUGUAAUGGAUGUAUUAAUUUUGUUAGUUGUGAACUCCAUUUGCCAAUAAAUGCAUAUUAUUAUUAUUAAUAUUCUGGAGCAUCGACAACACCAGUAAAAAGCCAUCAGAUGACCGUGGAAACCUCUGAUCUGGCAUUGAAAAAGCCUUAUUGUUUAUUAUGUGUAUUUCAUACUUUUCCAUUUGACUGAUUCAAUUCAAUUUUCCAAUGGCUUUCCUUGCAUUCACUUAAGGCCCAAUUACAUUUGUCACUUUUGAUGAUCAUCUUGGAGGAAUCAUCCAAAGUGACAAGUAUAAAUUGCCUUUCAUUGUGAUUUCAUCCAAAGUGUACACUAAAGAUGAAAGACGACCAACUUUUGAUGAAAGAGUCGUUCAUCGAAGCGAUGAUUCAUCGAGAGUGAAUGCCCAGUGACAAAUGUAAACUGCCGACGCACGUUCACUUCACAAACACUAGUUGAUUGUUUUGGGUUUUGGUAUUCGCGUAGUUUUAAGUAGGUAGUUUUAUUUGAUUUAAAUUAUUGUAGGAGUUUUGUGCCGAGUUUUGUGCAUACCUAUUGUCGUGGCAAUCUCAUUCAGGUGGCAAGAUAAACACAUGGAACUAUUCCUAGAAAGUUAUCAGCGGUAUGAGUGCUUGUGGAAUAAUAAAUGCAGUGAUUACAGCAAAUCAAACGUACGGGAAAAAGCGUACUUAUCAAUGCUGGCCGAUUUAAAUUUGCCUGGAUUAACUGUACCCGACAUCAAGGCAAAAAUAAAAACUAUUAGAACACGUUAUGGGGCAGAACUUUGCAAGAUAAAAAAUUCAGAAAGAAGUGGAGCUAGUGCUGAUGACGUUUAUGAGCCCAGACUAUUCUGGUUUAAACUUGCAGACGUGUUUCUCCGCAGCAUAUGCACUCCAAAAGAAAGUUCAUCAAACUUGAAGGAGUUAGAAUCGACGAGAAAGGGCAUUUCUGGAAAAGCAACCGAUGAUAGCCAACAUUUGGAAGAACGUGAACAGCAAACUGGGCAAACGGCACACAUUCAGGACACUGAACAGCAAACUGAGCAAACAGCACACAUUCAAGACACUGAGGCAACAUCUCCAAAUACGAUUGCAACGUCUUCGGCGGUAAUUACGAAUACUCCAAAAAACACAAAGGGGCGUAAACGUUCCCUCAAUACUACUAUUUCGGGGGUUCAGGACGCAAUAAAACAAUUGAAGACACUAUCGGAAGAAAAUAAGGAGGAUCUGAACGAAUUCGACGUGUUUUGUGAGAGCCUUGCUAUACAGUUGAAAAAAAUGCCUUUAAAUAGGGCUCUUAUCUGUCAAGAACAUCUACAGAAAGUGAUGACGCAAGAACGACCCUUCCAACUCACAUCAAACCCUCAGUCUCACUCAUCCAUGUCACCUGCUGAUUAUCAACAGUCCAUACCAACUUCAGGCCGGUACUCUGCGAUGUCAUCAGGGCAAAGCAGCACACAUUCACGGCAGUCACAAAACCAUUACUACCAAUCUACCGAAAAAGAUGACGAUUAUGAAAGCACUCAAUAUACCAGUGAUGUUUUGUCCGAUGCCCUUUCUUCAGCGGGAUUAAUAGUUGGUGAUGAAUUAAUGCCUUUAUAAUAAAUUACGUUAUUUUAUAGAAAUAAAAAAUAUUUUCAAAAUAACUUAACUAUUUG